CAACCACCACCAGAUCUAAACACACACACAGCCACCCCAUCAAACACUCACAGGCACACACAGCCACCACCACCACCUAUGCCUCAUCCACAGCCACCAGGACUGCCACAGAAGAAAUGAACAAUUCUUAAAGGCUAUUUAUUUAUAUUGUUUUGUUAGACGUUUUAAAUCAUUUUACAGGUUACAAAUGGGCUGAAGGACUACAUUUGCAGAGGAUUGUUAUGUGCAGAUUGAACCCAUUAAGAUCAUGUUUGCCUCUUGUGGCUGAAACCUUCUCUUCUGUAACGAGAAUUUACCAGCUUGCAUUUUGUGACACAAUCAUAGAGAAGAACAAGCGUUGCACAAUCCCUGUGUCCACACAGAAUAAUGAUGGGUUUACUGUGCAGACUGAAAUUUUGGAAUCAUUUUUCCCAUUUGAUCCUUACUUGCUUAACAGGUCUGGAGAACUAAUCAGGCCUCUGUACAGGGAAUACACUGGUGGUGCUGUGUCCACUCUUCAUGAGAACCAAGAUAUGCAGACUGAAGAUGAUGACUUCCUCACAGAAACGGAAAACAAGGUUGGCCCAUCAGUUACGCCAGGGCCUCACUUAGGAUUUAGCUGGAAACCACCUGCUAGUACAGACUUCCUAAAUUAUGGCACAUCACCUGGUUUCAAACAUGUUUAGAUAUCCCAUUCACUGUUUAAGGCAAACUGUAAGAUACAUAUAUAUAUAUAUCAUGUUGUCAUUGAUUAUGUGUCAUAAAGGAGGUACAAUACCUGUGUUGGUAAUAUGUCUCCCAGAUAUUCCUACAGUGAUGCAAUCAAGUGCUCAAAUCAUCUUGUACAUAAGAAUGUUAUCAUGUAUAACUCUUUUACAGCCCAGAGAUGAGUCAUGUCAAGCUCAUCCUCAAGGUUUUACUCUUUACUGAAGAAGGAUUAAAUGAUGGUCAUGAAAUGUUUGUACAUUUUACCCUAUCAGCAAGACUGAGACCUGGAACACUCAUAUAUAUUAGGUCCAUUGAAAAUGUAUGCCAUUUGCCAUUUUUGCUGAAGUAAAAGUAUUUAAGUCA